AUGUCUUACUAUUUUGCCAUGAUUGGCACCAAGGAUAAUCCAAUCUACGAACUUGAGAUCGGUACCUACAAGCAGAGCGGAGACGGCACGCCCAAGUUCCCUACAGAGAUGAAAGAGCUGAACCCCUUUAUAGUGCAUUCGGCUCUGGAUAUCGUCGAAGAGGUACAAUGGAAGAAUAAUCAGCUCUAUCUGAAGACAAUCGACUCCUUUUAUGGUUAUCAGGUGAGCGCUUAUGUUACGCCAGGGAAUGUCAAAUUCAUGCUACUCCAUGAUGUCAAGGCCGAAGAGAGCAUACGACAAUUUUUUAUCGAAAUCAAUGAUCUCUAUGUCAAAAUGCUGUUAUCGCCGUUCUACAACUUCAAUGAGUCCAUAAAGAGUGGAAGCUUUGAUAUGAGGGUGAGGUUACUUGCGAAAAAGUAUCUAUAG